AUGGACCUAAUGGACACGUCUUCACGCUAUCAAACGCAUCUUGAAAAUUAUGCUUAUCAACAUGAUUCUAUGGAUAAUAUGAUGACAAUCAUACCCUUGAAGACCGAUUUGGCUAACUUUUCUCAAAAUGAGCAAACAAUUGAUAUUACUAUGGAUGACAAAAGCAUCAUCCCAGCUGAUCCCAUUAUUCAUCGUAAGUUUUGUUUUAUUUUUAAAGGCUUUAUAUUGAAUUUUUGAUGUCGAGUUUUAUAUGUUUUGUUAGUGCCUGAAAUUGUGCGUUUUUUGCAAGGAAUUGGGAUAUGUUACGUAUUUUACAAAACCUGAAAAUUUAUAAUCUAUUUAACGUGCUUUUGACGCAACUUUUCAUUAUCAUUUUACGUAUUUUCAACAAUAUUUUUAAAAAAAUGAAAAUUAAAUUAUCAUAAGCACAGAAAGAUUUUUAAUUGCAUUUUUAUCGCAUAGUAACGUGACUCUACAAAAGUGUUGCUUAAAGUGCAAAAUCUAAAGCUUAAAGUGCAAAGUUUUAUUAUGAAAGGUUUUAAUUGACAGUAUAUACCUCCUGUACAACGAUUUGCUAAGAAAAUUAAAAAUUGUUUGUUACGAGUUUUGGCAUAGAGAAGACUUCAAUGCUCUGUGUAAUGGUACACUUUGAUUUAAAACUUGCUUGUUAUAUGAAGUUUUUGUCAUAUACAAGCUCAUAAUUCUCAUAAUUUUUGGCUUUUCUUGGCUAGGGACAUGACCGGAUAGGGAAGGGAAGUAGGAUUAGAUUACAGUGGAACUGUACUAUUGGGAUUGAAAGUUGUUUGUUAUACGGAGUUUUUGUUUGACAGGAGUUCCAUUAUAUUUUUUCGAAGUUGUGUUUUGGGUUUUGUAAAAAUGACGUUUUUUCAGGAAAAGCAAGUGAGCCAAACUUGAGGUGUUUGAUUUGUGGAGAACAAGUGCUGUAUCACAACUUUGGCACUUCCGCUUGCAAUGGAUGGUAAGUUCAAUAACAGUUUAUUUUUAAAACUGUAAUUUUAAAUUUAAAAAACGCUAGGGAUUGGUGUAUAGCUAGGGUUAUGCUAAGAGCUAUCGGUAGGGCGAUGGAUAUGCUUAGGGCGAUACCGAUAACUAUAUCUUAGGUUAUUUUUAGGUUUAGGUUAAGGCUAUGUCUAGGGCUAUGCUUAGGGCUAUGCUUAGGGAUAUGCCUAAGGCUAUGCCUAAGGUUAUGCCUAAGGCUAUGUCUAGGGCUAUGCUUAGGGUUAUGCCUAGGGCUAUGCUUAGGGCUAUGCUUAAGGCUUUGGGAAGGGCAAUACCCAACACUAUGUCUAAGGCUAUUUCUAAGGCUAUGCUUAGGGUGUAGCCAAGGCUAGGCAUGGGCUAUUUCUGGGUUAUGGCAAAAACUAUGUCUUGAAUAUGUCUAGGGCAAUGCUUCAGGCUAUGUAAGGGUUGUUCCUAAGGCUCUGUCUCUUUGGUUGUAAACUCACCUAAAGUCCAUUAAGUUCGACUUCAAAAAAAAUAAUGUUUCAAUGCAGUAAAACAGGAUAUUAUAAUUACAAUUUAGUAAAAGUGCAAAAGAAUUACGAUAUAAAUGUGAUCUUUGUAGUGCUGCCUUCUUUCGACGAACAAUUUUACAACAAAAAAAGUAUUUAUGCCGGGAGUACGGUAACUGCCAAAUUUAUAUGAGUAAGUUGUUAUAAUCAUUUUUUUUUCAUGUAAUAAAACGUUUAUUACAGUAUAUUUUUGGUGUUUUGAUAUUGUUUUUUACUACAGUUCAUCGUGUUAUAUUAAACAGGUUUGUUUAUAUGUUAUACUGUAAUUUCAGCCAAACAUAAAAGAAGAUGUGCCUACUGUAGGUUCGAACGCUGUGUUAAAGUUGGAAUGAAUGUGUCAAGUAAGUUAAAGGUCAUUUCGAACUUUUCUAUAUUUUUCAAAAAUUUUUGUACUUAUAAGUUUUGAGAAAGCAGUAUGAGAUUUCAGAACUAAUGACAAGACUAGCCAGAGACAAUGAAUACCCAUUAAGCCAGUUGAUGUUUAAUUUCAAAGGAAUCUUCAGCUCAAGGAAACGAAAUGCCAUUAUUCAGUUGGGGAACUUGGCUGCAAGUUUUUAAAACCUAGUCCAGAGCCCUAGCCCAGAGCCCUAGCCCAGAGCCCUAGCCCAGAGCCCUAGCUCAGAGCCCUAGCCCAGAGCCCUAGCCCAGAGCCCUAGCCCAGAGCCCUAGCCCAGAGCCCUAGCCCAGAGCCCUAGCCCAGAGCCCUAGCCCAGAGCCCUAGCCCAGAGCCCUAGCCCAGAGCCCUAGCCCAGAGCCCUAGCCCAGAGCCCUAGCCCAGAGCCCUAGUCCAAAGCCUUAGCCCAGAACCCUAUACCAGAGCCCUAGCCCAGAGCCCUAGCCUAAAGUCCUAGCCCAGACUCUAGCCUUAGCCCAGUGUCUGGAGUUCUAGUUCUAGCCCCAGUCCUAACGUUGGCCUUAGCCCCAGUUGUAUCUUUAACUCUAGGAUUUUCAUUUAAUGGUUUUAGCUAUUCUUUGUUUUACCUUACUUUAGUCUAGCCUAUGCCUAUAUCUUUAUUUUUAUAUGCAUAUUCAGAGACUAGAAUGCAUGGCAGAACAGCCUCGCACUUCAGCCUCCUUGAUCCGAGCAACUAUGGUAGAGAUAUCAGUUAUGAAAGAAUUCUUGAGGAAUACAAAUUUCAUACAAUGUCUUGAAUACAACACUGAUUAUGAAGUAAGCUGGAUUGUCAAAAUAAUUUUUUCUAAAAGUUAUUUUGUUGUAACUAAAACGUCAUAUUUUAAAAUUCGUUUUUAAAAAAACUUUUUAAGAUAAAAAAAUUUUUCAAAAUUUGAAUAUUUUAGUCAAACAGCUUUUAGUUUCAGAAGAAGCUCUGCUCCACCUUGCUACACACAUGGUUGACGAUGCAUUCUGUAUUCUCAACGAGAAGUAAUCAAGGACACAAAACGAAAAAACUAUAUUUUGUUGAUAACAGUUAUCUAAAUGUGAAUGAGGACGUAGUGGUGAAUUAUUACAGUACGAACAAAAACUUGAGCGAUCCUUUUUUUGUUGCGGUGUAAGUAAUAUGACAUAUGAUGGCUGUUUAGCUUUUGCGUGAGAAGAGUAGUGUUGUUCAAGGGGAGAAGAGUGACAAACGUUUUCAAAUUAAGAUGAAAAAUACACUAGGACUAGCACUAAGACCAGAGCUAGGGCUAUACCGAACCGUAUUCUUAAGUUUAGGGUUGGAUCAAGGCUUAGGACUAAAAACAGAGUUUAUUGUUGUAAAAAUGAAAUACUUGUAGAAACGGAAUGCCGCUGAUGAAAAGUGUCUUCGAUGCUGCUGGUGAACUGGACAAGAAUCACAUUGAUGAGCAUGAACUUCUCAUGUUGACUAUGAUGGUUGUGAUACGAGCUUGUAAGUCUUUAUUAACUCAUUUUUAACGCUUACAAUUUUUAAAAAAUAAUUUUUUUUUAUUUUGAAAUAGUUGACUUUGAAAUUUUAGGUAUAUGCCGGAUAGGGCAAUCAAAUUACUAUGCCGAAUGGCAAAGCAGGGUCCAAAAAGAAAUUCAUCAGUAUUACAGUAGUCGAUACGUAGAUAUACCGAAACGAUUGGGAGAGUUAAUGUUAUGCUUGGAGGCUUUGGAGGUAAGUUUAUUUUUUUGUUUAGUAUUUUAAGAGGGUAGCUUUAGCGUAAGGGUUGGCCCUGGUCUUGGCCCUAGCCUUGGCUCUAGCCUUAGCCCUAGCCUUGGUUAUAGUCUUGGCCCUAGCCUUGGCUCUAGCCUUGGCCCAAGCUCUAACUUAGCCUUGGCAAUAGCUAUAGUUUUACCCGUGGGCAAUAUUCUGAUUAAUUAAAAAUUUUUAGACAGCCGAUCGAAGUUGUGAUCAACUAGCAGUACUGAUACAGUUAAACUACCGUAAGACAGAAGACCUUGGUUACAAACUGUAUGUUCGUGGCCAUAACGAUGUCAAAACAUAA